CAACGUAAUAAAUGUAUUUAAGUUUGAAAAAUACACUUCCUGAUUGAUAUUACUUUGUCCUUUAACAGAAAAGAUUUGUGAUUUAGGGAUUACACAAGAGCAAAACAGUUGAGCAGUGUGUAAAUUGCAUAUCACAGCAUCCCAGGAUGGACGACACAUAUAAAAAAAUGUUAUCCUUGGUCGGAAUGUUUGGGAACAAGAAAUUCACAGAUGCUCUGCAGUUGCAUGUUUCGAGUCCAAUUCAGGCCAAGGAACUUUACAAGAAAAAUAAAAAAGUAAAGGAUUUCCUUCAGCAGAUUGAUCAAAUUCAAGAAACCUUUGAGCUCGUCAAUUUCUACGACUAUCCUUUUGGAGUACCACAGGAUUACCCAAAAGCUACAGAAAUCAAAGAUAUUCUGCAGAUAAGUUUUUACAUGCAACAUGCUUUGGAAGCUGAAAAUGCUUGUGGUAAAGUGUGUUUACUGUUGCAUAAAUGUUUUGAGUCUAUAUGUGUAAGUAGUAGGGUUGUCUACGGUGUAUUCGAAUGCGCAGGGCUUAAGAAUGCUCAUGUUUGGUUGUAUGUUGAAGAUCAUUUGGUGGAUAACACAUACGUUAGUUUGACAUCAAUGGAAGAUUAUGUUGCAGUGAAAAUGGCUAUGAAAUAUAUAGAAAUCGAUCCAGACACCGUUACGGAUCUUUUCCUUGGCGACGAAGACACUCGAAAAUUAGGCAUCACUGACCACACCACUAGAGCUUUUAAAUGGGAAUUACAAAAUUCAGAUAAAAGUCUUGCAAUAAUGAAAAAUAAAAUUCAGCUCAAACACUAUUUUAGUGUCAUGAAAGAGUUCAUGACUAAACGAUAUAAAGUAACAAUUGAUAUAUCUCCAAACGUUUAUGAAACUUGUUGGAACUGCAACGACAAGUUCGAUAAAUUAUUGAAGUGUGGAAAAUGUACAGUCGCCUUGUACUGUUGUAAAGAGUGUCAGAAACUAGAUUGGAAAAGCAUACAUAAAUUGAUUUGUUUACCACCAAACACAUUUUAGAAAAACCUUUGAUUCUAGAUUUUAUUUUUUUGAUGUCAUUGUUAUAUUUUAUACAUUAUUCGCUAUGGCUACAUAGACAAUAACUGUUUAGUGUCUUUAAAUAUCAGCUGUAUUUGUACAAGGGUAGGACACAAGGUGUAUGCGAGCUUUUAACGAACUGUUACACCUGUUUCAGCUGAUAUUGUCUUCAUCCUGCAAUUACUUUUGUAUAUUAUCUGUGUUUUAAAGACACAAAACACAUGUUUUGCAUUUAUUUUCGAUUUUAAAUCCCUUGAGGCCCGUGUAGUAAUCACACAUUCAGCUGAAGACGGAUUCGCAAAAAAAUGAAUCUCGAAUGGUCAACAAUAAUACAUCGCUCAAGGUGAAUAAUUAUUUAUUUGUACAUAAGUUCAACAAUGAAAACAAAUAACAAAACAUCGUUCAAUUUGAAACAGGAGUUUACGAGUUGUCCUACACUUCAGACUCGACAUUUGCUAAAUAUGCAUGCUGAAAAUGACAUGGUUGUUUUUGUUACACAAUCAUACACAUUCAAGUUUUGAAAUCGAUAGUUGUCAUCGUAGAAAAGACUGCUGUUCUUGUGUGUAUGAUAUAAGAACAUUGAUGUGUUUUGUAUUGCUCUAAAGAAAUGUUUGAAAACCAACAGAACGCAUAAAGUAAUCGUUAAUUCGCAAUCGAUACUUCAUUAGAAUGCAACUGCAAUACACAUUAUUGGGUCACGCAGGUUCAUACAAUACUCAGUCCGGUAUUGGGAGGAGCUUUUAAGCGAUAUGUGUAUAGUAUACAUUUAGGGCUAUAUCUGUACAGUUGAACACCCAAUGGCAGGAUAAGCUAACACUGCGCAUGCAUACCGCUUAAAGAUGGAGAUACUUAGUGAUACAACUUGUUUUAAAUACUUAUAGUAGACCAAUCUCUGUACAGCGCUCUUUCCUUUCCGUAUACUUAGUACACUACAAUACAUAUUUAGUGUAGUGAUACUAAGUAAGUACGGAACGGAUGUGAGCUCUGCGCCGCAGAUUGAUAGAAGACGUGCACGUAAUUAAUCUAUAUAUUAAAUCGAAAAAAUGAACGAGGUUUAAUAUUUUUUUUCUAUUAAAUUUUAUGUUCUAUGAAUUCUAGCUCGAUGAGAACAUGUAAUUACUGUACGUUUACUGACGCUACAUAGUAAUAUCUCAUUGAAAUAAAACAGUGUCCAGCUGUUUAAAUCAGUAGCUUUAAGAGGGACGAAAGAUACCAAAUGGACAGUCAAACUCGUAAAUCUAAAACAAACUGACAACGCCAUGGCUAAAAAUGAUAGUACACAUGACACAACAUAGAAAACUAAAGAAUAAACAACACGAACCCCACAAGGCGCCCGCACAAAAACAUCGUCCGUUUUUAUUUUAUAAUUUUCUCAAAUUGGUUUUAUAAUCUUGAAAUAUUGAAAAAUGCAAAUGUUGACAUGUCAGUGUUUUGCAUUGACCGAUAUGUGUGGAAAUUUAUGACAAAUAUAAACAAUUGAUAUUAGAUAUCACACCUCAAAGACAAAUUCAACAUACCUUUACUUUUUAUCUGUAAUCUAGAAAAUAACAGAUAAUUUUCUAACUAUAUUACAGAUAAUUCAAAGAAAUAAAAUUCGUACGUUUUGGCAAUUUACGGGAACACUAUUGUAUUUACGUUUCUAGCAAAUAAGAUAACGAAUUUACGUCACGAGAUCUUACCAUUAUACACAUGACGAAUAUAUCUAUUGGAGUCUGAAUGGUUUUUUUCUCGUCAGUUAGUAUUUUCUAGGCAAUCACAGUCAUAACAUCAUAAAAUUCAUGUAUUAUACUGAAUAUAAUCAUUUUAAAUCGUAUUAUUUCCCUUUAAAAUUUUAGAUCACAAAUUAAACAGAUUUCUAGUUGAUCCCAGCUUUUUGUUUUGAUUUGUUAAUCCUUCACGAAGAGGUUACAUGUGCAUGCAUAUUCAGUUGUUCAUGUCAGUUAUUGUUUCUGUGAAUUUUAAUAUAACGGUUGAACAUUUUCACCGAAAGCUGUAUCUUUAUAUAUGAUUUUAAAACAAGACGUGACUUUUGUUUUACAUUGAUCAUAUAUUACAUGCAUAACUAAUAUGUAAUAUUUUUUUCCCUACGUGUGCUGGUCUUGCACCUAUAACACAUACAUGUACAUUGUAUUUAUUCACGCUUUUAUCACAAAAUAAUGUUUAUUAAAUAUGUGUCGAAAUUGAUGGUUUUGUUUUGUACAAAAAAUAAUAAAAUUAUUUGUUGUAGUUGUUAACUAGUUAUACACAUAAAUAUU